AUGUGUGUCCUCUUACUAGUACUUCUCCAAAUUUCAAUAUCCAGCUCCAAAAUGAUAAUAGUCCGUGGAGCUCCUGAAAAGUCCACCAGCUACCCGACACAGCUGUACACAGGUCUAAAUUAUACUACAUGUACCUCUAAAUGUGCAUCUAGUGAUAAUUGUAUACUUUCUUAUUCGAAUAGUUCUGGUUAUUGUUUGUUAUACGCUGUUGGGGAUAUUAUUCUAGUUAGAAAUGAUCAGGAUAUAUUUUCUAGUGGUAAUGAGUCGGUUUCUUUUAAGAUACUGAAUUCUCCUGCCAAAUGUGCGGACAGAGCUGAGGAUAUGUUGUUGGGGAUAACAAACGAAUAUAACAAAAAUAAUAUAGAAUCGUAUGAAAUUCAAGUAUCCGAAAUAGCUGGUAUUAGUUAUUAUAGCAUAAAUUACGAAUACACUUUCACGGAUGGCUGUAACAAUUGGCUGAAUCCAACUCCAACUUGUCAGAACUGCAAUAAAACAAUGUUCAGUUUCUCAGCUCUACCCUCUGCCAAUGAAUCCACGUCACUAAUAGUGACGUCAUGGAAUGAUUGUCUAUUUUAUUGUUAUUCAAAUCCUACGUGUUUCAUGGUUUAUAUUAAGAUUUUCCCUACCUGUAAGGUUGUUGAAUAUGGGAAUACAACUGGAUGGACUUAUCGGGAAGCACAAAUGCCAGUUGGCAAUAGUUUUUUGUAUAUGGGGGUUAAGUAUGUUCUGGAUAGAAUCUCAUGCCAGUUUAACAUUUCCUCGUUGUAUACUGGACAAACUUACAACCCGGAUUCGAAAAUUAAUUAUAUGCAAUUUCAAGGAAGUACAACUGGUUCUACAGUUUCUCUAAUUUUCUACCCUUGGUGA